UUCUUGUAUAAUACUGUAAAAAGUUCAGUGCUUUCAGGUUUUCUUGUACUAUACUGAAAAACAUGACGCUGUAUAUGUUCAUGUUCAUGUUUAUUCUUGUUGUGUUCUCAUCCAAUAUGCCCGGUGUAUGUUCUGUCAGACUCUUGGGCAGCCUGAACCAUAAUACACAUAAUAUAUUUAAUGUUCUUAAGUACGGUGCAAAAGCUGACGGACAAACAGAUGAUAGCACGGCCUUUCUAGCAGCUUGGAAUGCUGCCUGUUCUUCAACUGGGUCACCAGUUGUAUAUGUCCCAAAGAUGACGUUUCUGAUCAAUCCAGCUAUCUUUCAAGGGCCAUGUCAUAGUAACAAGAUUACAAUGCAGGUAGCUGGGAAGCUUAUUGCUUCAACAGAUAAUAGCUUGUGGAGUGAAAAGAGCAUAAAUUAUUGGCUGCAUUUCAUGAAUGUGAUUGGCUUAACAAUUGAAGGUAGCGGAAUUUUAGAUGGACGAGGAGCUUCUUGGUGGACAGAGGUGAAUGGAAAGAAGACAAAUCAGAUUGGACCCACGACAUUGAGAUUUACAGGCACCAUGAAUACCAUAGUUAGAAAGAUCACUUCAGUCAACAGCAAACAGUUUCAUAUAAACUUCGAUACCUGCAAUUAUGUUGAGGUUGAAGGUGUGACUAUUAACGCUCCGGGUGACAGUCCUAAUACUGAUGGAAUUCAUUUGGGACAGUCUUCCAAUGUUCAAAUUAGAAACAUCAUUGUAGGAACAGGAGACGACUGUAUUUCUAUUGGACCAGGAUCCUUCAAUGUCAACAUUGAAGGGGUUAUAUGUGGGCCAGGACAUGGAAUCAGUAUUGGAAGUCUUGGUGAAGAUAACGCCCUUGCUGCUGUAAAGAACAUAACAGUAAGUGGAGUUUCUUUUCAUGACACACAGAAUGGAGUAAGGAUCAAAACUUGGCAAGGAGGGAAUGGUUUUGCAACUGAUAUAACAUUUCAAAAUGUAAAAAUGGAUAACGUACAAAACCCUGUUAUAAUUGACCAAUAUUAUUCUCCAUAUGGAAGUCCUACAAAGGGUGAUUCUAAUGUGAAGAUCAGUAAUGUCCUAUACCAGAACAUAACUGGAACAUCGGCUUCAAAUGCUGCAAUUGCUUUUGAAUGCAGCCAAAGUGUGCCUUGUGAAGGAAUCAAAGUAGACCAUAUAAACUUGAGCUGUAACGAUGGAAAAACAAAUGCUCAAUUUUUGUGUAGGAAUGCACACGUGACUGCAGUUGAUGCUGGGGCUGUAAGCCCAACUCCCUGCCUCUAAUAUUAACUAGUUCGGAGUCAUAGCAGCAGUUAGAUUACUGUAUACAAUUUUUUAAUAUUUUACAUUAAUAAAGAUUUCUU